GUCUCAGAUACAAACUCCAGGCGGUAACACCUUCUGCCCUAACCUAUUGCCGGAGCAUGAUUAAGGAGUGGGAAAACCACCUUCAGAGGUAUAAAAGCCAGAGAGAUGGACAGCUCAAGGCUCAGGAAGGAACCACAGCUGAGGGGGAGCAACAUAAUAGAAAGCCAUCCAAGAUCCGCAGUGACAGCCAGCCCUGGAUAGUUCCAGAUUUCCCACGCUGCAAAGAGGACCUCUGUACUCCAUCACCUUUGGGGAUAUGGACGGCAUUCUACAAAUCGGACCCACGCAUUGCCCUUGGAAAAUACUCCCCAAUGGAACAAGAAAUUCUACAACUAGGUGGUGUUCACACCAUAGCAGCAAGACGAUUUUUGGCUGACAAACACUACAAAGAGUGGAGGAUGCUGAGAGAACUCCAGAAGCAGUCUGCAGACUACAAAAGGGCCGCAGAGUUGGGAAGAGACCCCUCUUGUUGUGCUGUGUGUGGUCCGCCAGAAAAAAUAUGGACAGCAAAGGUGUCUGUGCCUGCUGAGGAGUUCCAAACGCCGCACCGAGAGAUAAUCGGCAUCAAGAAGCACAUCAAAAGAAUGCAGCUGGCAAGAGCCCUGGGAAACAAACAGUUUUCUACAAAUAUUGAAAGGCUCAGGAGAGCCGCGUUGCACUCAGGAGCAGAUCUGGGUUCCCCAGGGACAGACAAGUCCAAUGGAGAGGGAGAGGAUGGUGACAGGGGUAGCAAUGAUAGAACCAGUCAGAGAGACAAAAGGGAGACCAAGUUAGAACCCACAAAUAAACGAGAAGUCACACUGAAUGUGGUUUUCAAGUCAGAAGAAACCAAAAGCUGUGUGGUAUGCCAUCGGAAUGAUCGGAAACCCUUCCUCCCUGAGAAGAGACCGGAGCGGCAUAUCACGGGCCUCACAAACAGAAACCUCUUCCCUAUCGUUUGCUUUCCUGGAGACCUGAUGCUCAUGAACCAGGAUUUUAUAUCAAAGGGAAUCCACCCGAAUGACGCCAUUAAAAUCUACUGGCUGCCGGAAGAGGAUCUCUGCAAGGCGCCCAAGUAAAGGCCUGCUUGCUGCCCACAUGGAAGCUCUAUCUAGUCCUGAGCGUGAGCAAGUGUACUGUUCCUCAUGUCUCCUAAACAGUAUGCCCCAGGCUCCUUCCCCUCUGCUCUUCUUUUGAGCUCCCUGGCUCCUGCUAUGUCUCUACAGUAUUUCCAAGAUGAGACCCUAUUGCGGAGGCUUCCGUAUUUCCAAAAGCUCUUGAGUCUUAGCCACCACUUUCACCACCACCGUUAGUUCUAAACAAUGGGCUUGCCCCAACUGGCUGAACUGG